UUCAAACCGACCUGUGAGCGAGCUUGUUGUUGGAAAGUGUAGUAGAGCGGUUGAAUGGUGUCUGGAUUUGAAGCGCUUCUAGGGAAGGGAGCUAUCGGCAGAGCGCCGGCCGGUGAUACAAUGACUGGAUCCAACGAGUUCAAAUUAAACCAGGCUCCAGAAGAUGGAAUAUCUGCAGUUAAAUUCAGCCCAAACACCUCUCAGUUUUUGCUUGCUUCUUCCUGGGACACCUCUGUGCGGCUCUAUGAUGUACCUUCAAACACCAUGAGACUGAAGUACCAGCAUGCAGGCCCUGUCUUGGAUUGUGCAUUCUAUGAUCCCACACAUGCUUGGAGUGGUGGAUUGGAUCAUCAGUUAAAAAUGCAUGAUCUGAACACAGAUGCAGAGUCUAUGGUUGGAAAUCAUGAUGCUCCCAUUCGAUGUGUGGAAUUUUGUCCAGAGGUGAAUGUCAUGGUGACAGGGAGUUGGGACCAAACUGUGAAGCUGUGGGACCCUCGCACUCCAUGUAAUGCAGGAACGUUCUCUCAGCCAGAUAAGGUCUACACGCUAUCUGUAUCUGGAGAUAGAUUGAUUGUCGGUACAGCCGGUCGGAGGGUGCUUGUUUGGGAUCUUCGGAACAUGGGAUACGUGCAGCAGAGACGAGAGUCCAGUCUUAAAUACCAAACACGAUGCAUCAGAGCCUUCCCCAACAAGCAGGGCUAUGUCCUGAGUUCUAUUGAAGGCAGAGUUGCUGUUGAGUAUUUAGAUCCAAGUUUGGAAUUCCAGAAAAAGAAAUAUGCUUUCAAGUGCCACCGACUGAAGGAGAACAACAUUGAGCAGAUCUAUCCUGUAAAUGCGGUGUCCUUCCAUUAUGUACACAACACCUUUGCAACAGGUGGCUCGGAUGGUUUUGUCAAUAUCUGGGAUCCCUUCAACAAAAAACGUCUCUGCCAGUUCCACCGCUACCCCACAAGUAUUGCAUCGCUGGCCUUCAGUAACGAUGGCAGUAUCUUGGCAAUUGCUGCGUCGUACAUGUACGAAAUGGAUGACAUUGAGCACCCCGAAGAUGCUAUCUACAUACGACAAGUGACAGACGCCGAGACAAAGCCCAAGUGAGGCAGCUUCACCUGCUUCUCCUCCCCCAGCAAGGAGAAUUUAUUAAUUUUCCCUUGGCUCAUGAAUAGCGUUAUUGAUGUUGAGCGAAGAUAACCAUGGCUGACUGUAGGCCUGGGGGAGAUUUUAUCACAUCCUCCCAAGCUUUCAAUAUCCGUCAGUUGAUAGACGUCUGACAGAUAAAAUUAUGCUCAGUUGUUUUAUACAGAAGCGUGUCGACCUCCUCUGCAUUUUUUGCCCUUCAUUAUUUCACCUGAAGGACUUGUGAUUUUUGACUUUGCUUUAAAAUGCAGUUAUGGGAUUGCCAAUCUGACCUUUUUUUAUAAUUGCUCUGGUCCUGCUGGGCUCUAUUGCCCCAUCACUUUUCCCUCUAAUUCCUGUAUGUUAAAAACUUUUAACUGUUGCUUGUGUAUUGGUUUUCUUGUCCUUUUAGGUAAGCACUUUCCAAAACACCAAUAAAUGUUAUUUCAGUGUC